AAAAGGCGCUCCACUCCAGAGCCUCAUAGCGAUUUAAAACGCAAGACUGGCUCUCUAUGACAGGCACUGGGUGUCAAGCACGCUAAGCAUCCCGUCCUACACGCCUCAUCCACCCGUCCUACAUCCGGCCCUCCUCUCCAAGGAUGCUCCAGCUGCUGCAGCUUCGCCAGGGCGUGCUCGCGCUGCUCAUGUGGCUCGCGCACUUCAUGGAGGAGCACCGAGUUCAGGCUGGCAACUGCUGGCUUGAGCAGGGGAAGAACGGGAGAUGUCAGGUCCUCUACAUGUCCGGGAUGAGCCGAGAGGAUUGCUGCAGAGGUGAACGGCUGGGCACGGCGUGGACAGAGGAGGACGUGCCCAGCAACACCUUAUUUCGGUGGCUGCUCCUGAAUGGUGGUGCUCCCAACUGUAUACCAUGCAAAGAGACGUGCGAUAAUGUGGACUGUGGUCCUGGAAAGCGGUGUAAGAUGAACAAGAGAAACAGGCCGCGCUGCAUUUGCGCUCCAGACUGCUCCAGCGUCACCUUCAAAGGACCUGUGUGCGGCUCAGACGGGAAGACCUACCGCAACGAGUGUGCGCUCCUCAGAGCCAAGUGCAGGAGAUACCCCAACCUGGUGGCCCAGUAUCAGGGCAAGUGCAAGAAAACAUGCCAGGAUGUCCGCUGUCCCGGCACCGCCACAUGUGUGGUGGACCAGGUCAACAACGCCUACUGUGUGACCUGCAACCGCAUGUGCCCCGAAGCGACUUCUCCCGAGCAGUACCUGUGUGGGAAUGAUGGGAUUGUUUAUGCCAGCGCGUGCCACCUCAGAAGAGCAACGUGCAUUCUGGGAAGAUCUAUCGGGGUGGCCUAUGAGGGCAAGUGCAUAGAUGCCCAGUCAUGUGAUGACAUCCGCUGUCCCGAGGGGAAGCGGUGCCUGUGGGAUGCAAGGACAGGACGAGGCCGCUGCUCAGCCUGCGAGGACGACUGUCCGGAGAGCCACCCCGGAGACAGCGUGUGCGCCAGCGACAACACCACCUACCCCAGCGAGUGCGCCAUGCGGCGGGCCGCCUGCUCGCUCCGCCGUGUCCUGGAGGUCAAACACGCCGGCUUGUGCAACUCCAUCUCGGAGCUGACGGAGGAGGACGAAGAUGAUGAAGAGGAGGAGGAGGAGGAGGACGAAAAUCAGGACUGCACGGAUUAUGUUCACGUUUCUCCGAUACUGACGGGGUGAAGCGCCGUCAGCACCGGCACUCGACGUCAGUGCAGAGUCAGUAUUCAUACUGUACAUAGAGAUAUGCUUAUUUAUUUUCCAGGGAAAGAAAGAAAAGAGGAAGAUUUCAUAUAGCUCUGUCUUCUGGAUGUUUAUUUAUAUAUUUUUGUGUCCAUUUAUUUAUACAUUUAUAGUGUCUGACUGACUAUCUUUUGUCUUCUGUAUAUUAUCCUCAACACUAUUUAUUAUAAGGUGCAAUGUGUUACGUAAAAGCGUGUUGAUUUCGUGACCUAAACAGUAUAUACGUCUCAUUUUCUACAGUGCCCAAACACGAAUAUCUGCCUGAACGUUUUGUAUAUGUGUGCGUGUGUGUGCGCUAGUUGGAAACCUAAAGCUCACUAAUAAAUGGACUUCUAAGCGGAUCUGGUUUUGUUUACAAUCAAAGCAGACUUAAACAGCUCUGCCGUUAAAGUCUUUAUAAGCAAUUUAUUUCUGUCUUCUACAAACGACAUGCUAUUUGAUGUGAAAAGAAUAAUGUGA